AUGGCCUCAACAGACAAAGUGCUCGGUAAAUGUCUCAGGCAGUGGAAAACAGAUCAUGUUGUCACGAAUGGCGGGCGUCGGAGGAGUGGGAAUCAGGAGCACUCCCCUUCAAGCGAACUCUACAAGAGGAAAGAGAUCGAUGUGAAAUACAACAUUUUUGUUUCAGUUGAAAGCUCCUUCAACUACUGCAAUUUCACUUUUGGAACAAAUAAUUUGCAGAAACCAGUCCAACAAUCAAUCAAGGUUACAAAUAGCAUCAGAGCAUUUAAUUUCACUGUGGUGAUCAGGGUUCCUGUAAAGCUCGGUAACAAAGAUAUUUGGGUGGAUUUGAGCAGUCUGCAGAUUGCAGACUGUCAACGAGACAAAGAUGAAGAACCUGUUGUCACUGAUAUUGUUGCUCAGACAAAGGAAAAGAAAUUAGUGGACUGCUCUGUAGCCAAGUGCAGAGUGUUUAGGUGCAGCCGGUUCAUGGGAAGAAAGGAGAGUAAGACGUAUACAAUCUCUGCCAACCUUAGUUCAGCAUGGAUAGAGCAGAUUGGACUUCCAUCUGCCAAAUUCCUCUUAACCAGCUCGGCCAGUCUGGAGUACGACAGAGACCAGUACAUCUUCUUCUCAGUAGCAACUAAUAACAACCCACCUGUUCACAAAAUUGAGACAGAGGUAGAAGUGUUUCCUGUACCAGAUUUCACCAAAGAGAUUGUAGGAGGUUCUCUGGGAGGGUUGGCUUUUCUAGCUUUACUCACUGCUGGUCUGUAUAAGGCUGGAUUUUUUUAGAGCAAAUACAAGGACAUGAUUAAUGAAAAUACAGAUGGAGCAGCAGAUGGACAAGCUGUUGGAGGUGCACCCACAGGAGAAUAAAAAUCUAACUAAUUCUAGAUUUAAGUGACACCAGCUGUUUCCUGAAUCCAGUACUGGACAUUUGUAAUAUUGGCCUGUUGCUGCAGCUGAACACCAAACAAAACCAGCCCAUCUUACCAUUUCUGGAAGUUUUUAUGAUAGAAAUAUCUAUAGCAACACUCUUUUCAGUUAUCAGUGAAAC